AUGAGGUCUCCAUGCUUGAGAUCCAUCCCAUCGCCAAGCAUUACAUCCCAGUCCCCCAGCAUCACAUCCCAGCGCCCAGCAGCACAUCCCAGCCCCCCAGCAUCACAUCCCAGCCCCCCAGCAUCACCACCCAGAGCCCAGCAUCACAUCCCAGCGCCCAGCAUCACAUCCCAGCAUCACUUCCCAGCCCCCAGCAUCACAUCCCAGCCCUCAGCAUCACAUCCCAGCCCCCAGCAUCACAUCCCAGCGCCCAGCAUCACUUCCCAGCCCCCAGCAUCACAUCCCAGCCCCUCAGCAUCACAUCCCAGCCCCCCAGCAUCACAUCCCAGCCCCCAGCAUCACAUCCCAGCCCUCAGCAUCACAUCCCAGCCCCCAGCAUCACAUCCCCAGCCCCCAGCAUCACAUCCCAGCCCCCCAGCAUCACAUCCCAGCCCCUCAGCAUCACAUCCCAGCCCUCAGCAUCACAUCCCCAGCCCCCAGCAUCACAUCCCAGCCCCCAGCAUCACAUCCCAGCCCCUCAGCAUCACAUCCCAGCCCCCAGCAUCACAUCCCAGCCCCUCAGCAUCACAUCCCAGCCCCCAGCAUCACAUCCCAGCCCCCAGCAUCACAUCCCAGCCCCUCAGCAUCACAUCCCAACCCCCAGCAUCACAUCCCCAGCCCCCAGCAUCACAUCCCAGCUCCUCAGCAUCACAUCCCAGCCCCCCAGCAUCACAUCCCAGCCCCCAGCAUCACAUCCCAGCCCCUCAGCAUCACAUCCCAGCCCCCAGCAUCACAUCCCAGCGCCCAGCAGCACAUCCCAGCCCCCAGCAUCACAUCCCAGCCCCUCAGCAGCACAUCCCAGCCCCUCAGCAGCACAUUCCAGCCCCCAGCAUCACAUCCCAGCCCUCAGCAUCACAUCCCAGCCCCCAGCAUCACAUCCCCAGCCCCCAGCAUCACAUCCCAGCCCCCCAGCAUCACAUCCCAGCCCCUCAGCAUCACAUCCCAGCCCCCAGCAUCACAUCCCAGCCCCCCAGCAUCACAUCCCAGCCCCCAGCAUCACAUCCCAGCCCCCAGCAUCUGUCCUUCGUUACCUGUUGA